GUUGUCUUCCUCAUCAAGCUAAGCUACGUACACAGUAAUGUGGGAGGACGUUGAAUCCCCUGAGAUUUGCAAAAUGGGGUUUGAUCGGAAUUCCAGCUCGAGAAGUAGGGAUUACUUGGAAGGAAUGAUCAGUGACUACGUUGGAGGAAAGACCAAAGCGAAGGCUCAACGAAGUGGCUCUGCCAAGCUUGUAACUGCUCUCACAUGUCUUCAGUUUUUCUUCGCAGUUUAUGCAACGUUCUUACUGUACUAUAUGAGCCCCGCUAUAGACUUACGAUCCAAACCAGAUUUCACUUGGGCUACCCGAAUCGCAAAUCAGUGGAGGAACAUGAUGAUCACACCCCACGUAUUGGGUCGAUACCGAACAGCUCCUAAUUCUCUCAUCAGAGAGGAUUUUCAAGUGCAGCAACCCAUUACUCCAUCUGAAGCGUGUGAGUAUGAGAAGAUAGAUUUCGUGCAGAAGAAGUCUAACGAUGUGCAGAUGAUUAAGUUGAAGACAGAGCUCUACAAUGAGGUUUUAGAGUUUCAGAGCAAAACCAUUGGCUCUGAGUCUCUUUCUGAGCUAAUGGCCAUGAAAUCCAAAUGGGAUCUGAGAGGUCCGAACAGACCAAAGAUCACAGUUAUUCUGAAUCAUUUCAAGAGAAAGACGCUGUGUUCUCAGAUUGAUUCUCUGCUUCACCAGACCCUCCCAUUCCACCACGUCUGGGUGCUCGCAUUUGGGAGCCCAAAUGAGUUAUCUUUGAAGAGGAUUGUAGAUAGCUACAAUGAUUCAAGAAUCAGCUUCAUAAGCUCGAGUUACGAUUUCAAGUACUAUGGAAGGUUCCAGAUGGCUCUUCAGACUGAGGCUGAUCUCGUGUAUAUAGUUGAUGAUGACAUGAUUCCUGGAAGGAAGAUGUUGCAGAUAUUGGCACAUGUGGCUGGGACAGAGAAGUAUAAGAACUCUGUUUUGGGAAGUAUAGGAAGGAUAUUGCCUUUCAGACAGAAGGAUUUUACAUUCCCAAGUUACAGAAAAUUCAGGUCUAAGGAAGCAGGACUUUAUUUGCCUGAUCCUGCUUAUAAUAUCACAGUUGAUAAAAUUGUGCAGGUGGAUUUCUUAUCUAGCUCAUGGUUCUUAUCUGCUGAGCAUGUCAAAACUCUGUUCACUGAGACACCUUUUACCUUUGCAACCGGGGAAGAUUUGCAUCUCAGCUAUCAACUUCAGAAAUAUAAAAAUGCGGGCUCGUUUGUUCUUCCAGUUGACCCAAAUGACAAAGAAACUUGGGGUGAUAGUGAGCACAGGCUUGCUUAUGUCUCAGAAACCACUGUAAUCUUCAAGGAUAUUGUUCAAGUUCGGGAUGAUCAAUGGUGGAAAGCACUUUCCACUGGUUAUGUGACCCAAUGGGCUGCAAUGUACCCUCAGAAAAUUGAUGCACUCUUCUAUGCCCACUCAGUUGAUGAAGUCAAAGCACUUGCACCACUUCUUGAGAAGUUUAGAUCCACAGUUGGUAAAAAAGCCUACAUUGUUGUGUCAGGAAGCAAUUUCUGUCCUUGUGAAGAUGCUGCAGUUGCACUAAAUUGGCCUAAGUUGGUGUGCAAAGAGAGAAGGUUUAAGAUUUUUGACUUGGCAAUUGGAGCACUUUCUGGUGUAUCAAACUCAGAGAUUCCAGUUAUACAAGCAGUGUAUUCUAGCAUGAAGGGUUUGAUUAGAAUUCACAAUCCUAGUGUGGUCAUCACCGUGUCAGACAUUGACCCUAAUGUGAAGAAGGCUUUGAAGAUGGCUUCAGAAGCUAAUUCCAAUGCUACCUCUCUAGUUCUUUUACCAAAAGCUUCCAUUUCAAAAGUUCUCUGGAUGGCUGAUCUACGUACAACAACAUUGCCAAAUUGGAACAAAAUGCGGAUUUCUGUCAACAUUGUUACACAAAACAGAGUUCAGUCAUUAACAAGGCUUUUGAAAUCUUUGUCCAAUGCUUACUAUGUUGGAGAUGAAGUUCCUAUAACAUUCAACAUGGACAGUAAGGUAGACGAAGCUACUAUAAAACUUGUGAGUUCGUUCGAGUGGCCUCAUGGACCAAAAACCUUGAGGAGAAGAAUCAUCCAAGGAGGGCUAAUUAGAGCAGUGAGUGAGAGCUGGUACCCUUCUUCUGAUGAUGACUUUGGUGUCCUUCUUGAAGAUGAUAUCGAAGUUUCUCCUUACUAUUAUCUAUGGAUCAAAUAUGCACUCUUGGCUUACCACUAUGAUCCCCAAGUCUCUCUACCUGAGCUCUCCUCAAUCUCCCUCUACACCCCAAGACUUGUUGAAGUUGUCAAAGAAAGACCUAAAUGGAAUGCCACAGAGUUCUUCAAAGGAAUCCAUCCAAACAUUCCUUACUUACACCAGUUACCAUGUAGUUGGGGUGCAGUUUUCUUCCCUAAGCACUGGAGAGAGUUUUACGUGUAUAUGAACAUGAGGUUCACCGAGAAUGCCAAGGAAAACCCAGUUCAAAUUCCAAAGUCAAGAACUAAUGGGUGGCAAGCUUCAUGGAAGAAGUUCCUCAUAGACAUGAUGUACCUUAGAGGGUACGUUAGUCUCUAUCCAAAUUUCCCACACCAAGCUAGCUUCUCAACCAACCAUAUGGAACCAGGAGCUCAUAUCAGUGCAAAAGAUAAUGCGGUUAGACAUGACAAACAUGACUUUGAAGUUCCAUUGUUGAAUGAAGACUUUAGAACUUUUCUACCAGGAAUGAAGUUGCCUCCAGCUUCAAAAUUGCCAUCUUUGAACCUUUUUAAUCAACCAGUUUCUCUAAGGGGCUUGAAGUCUGCUGGGGCUAAGUUGGGUCAGGAUGUGCUAAGAUGUGACAAUGCCACUGAGAUAGUUUCUGUGGAUCAUAAUACAGGUUUGCCACAAAGCUGCAUCAAGUUCUGAAAUCAGCUUUAGCUGUCAUGAUUGGUUUUAUUCUUUGUUCUUCCUCCUCCUUGACAAAAGAUUUGAUUUCUUGAGUUGUUUUUUUAAUACUAGAGGCAAUACUUGUGGAUAGCAAGGGGAUAUAGUUACAUUGAUUAUCCGUAAGGUAAUCCAAUAAAUAAGAUCAUUCUUGGAACAAAAUUGUAAUUAAUUUAUGUUGAUAUUUUUGUAAAGCCAAAAGUGGCUA